AUAAUCUGUAAGUUUGAUGUAAGCGAAGCUUCGAGCGAACAUUAUCGACGUAAACCGACAGACGCUGGAACGCAUUUCAAAGUACAGUAUCGCUUACCAAUUGCUCGGUCAUGUCUUCCUCCGAGGCGUAAGCUGCAUGAGACUUAAAAUACUACAAUAAGCGCCGCCCCUAUUCCCCUCCAACACUGCACUUACACAUCCUUCGAUACUCCAGCGACCCUCUAAUCAAAAGCGCCAUCUACAACAAUGGAGAACCUUCCAACCGACCACUUCGUCAAGUCCAUGCAGUUCACUGCACGAACUCACCGAGAUGUUUACGCUGCAAUCGACCCCACCCAAGCAGCUCUCUCACAGAAGGGCAAGGUCGUGAUCAUCACUGGAGCCAGCCAAGGUAUCGGUGCCCGAGGUUUCGUCCCCUCAUUCGCAGCUGCCGGCCCAAAAGCCAUCGUCCUUGUAGCUCGCAGUGCCGAUAAGCUCCAAGAGGUGGCCGACGACAUCGCCAAAUCUCACCCUAACGUCGAGACCCUCGUUGUGCCUACCGACAUUGGCGACCCGGCAUCAGUUACUACGCUUUUCGAGAAGGUGAAGCAGAAGUACGGACACGCCGAUGUACUCGUGAACAACGCAGCCGUCUUCAAGGAGGAGCAGCCUGUCAAGGAUGUUGACCAGCAAACCUGGUGGGAUGAGAUGAGCAUCAAUAUCCGCGGUACUUUCCUCGCAACCCAACAAUUCCUGAAGCUGCUCCCAUCGCCAGAAACUCCAGCCAAGAUCAUCACCUUGACAACCGGCGCCGCUUACCAAGUCUUCCCUGGUCUCAGCGCCUACGGCCUGUCGAAGCUUGCAGUCCUUGAGCUCAUGGCGUACGUCGCAAUCGAAAACCCUAAUGUGGUUGCAACAGCGUUGCAUCCAGGUGUUGUAAUGACCGAUAUGGUGAAAGACAUGUUCAGAAAGUUUGCCCUUGACAAGCCGGAGCUUGUUGGUGGUAUUGGAGUUUGGCUCGCUGGUUGGGAAGGUCCUGAUCGGAGCUUCUUGAGUGGCAGAUUUGUGGCUUCUAACUGGGACGUUGAGGAUCUGGUGGGAAGGAAGGAGGAAAUCUUGCAGAAGGAGCUGUUGAAGAUGGAUCUGAACGCGAAGUUGGGGGCUGAACAGUUCGAAUAAAGGAUAAUUGUAAUUUAACUAGUACGCCACUGGGCCCGAAUAUGUAGACAUUUGAG